AUGACAACGGUACACAAAGUCUGCUGCACAACUCGAUCUUGGUGUCGAGUUUCUCCUUUGUUUCUUUGCUUGGGAGCCGCGUCAUGGCGGGUCUUCUGUUUAUUAACGACGCACUGAAGUCGUGCUUGAAGUAGCUCUCAUUCUCAUAUCUGCGGAACAGCUGCUCCUUCCUGCUGGUUUUUGUCGAGAGACAUUUUUUUCCCUCCCUAGUCACGGAAAACACGGAAGUAGCUGACAGAGCAACCGGUUGCCAUGCCAACAGCACGCAAGUCCUUCUAGAAUCCUCGAGGUGAAUUCUUCUGGGUUUUUAAAGUCAUGAAACCCGACCUGGUCACGCGGUAGGACGGCUUUUUGUUGUUUGCAUCAAGCGAUAAAAGGGGAGAGAUGGUGAGGCUCUGGACAACAGGAAUAAAAAUGUCUUCACCACAUCCCUCUGACGCUGCAGACCGGGCUUUGGUCUCAGAGGCUGACGUUGCUGCUAAGUUACAAAAAUCAGAAAUGAGGAGAAGGAGGGCACAGCAGAGCCCAUAUGAAGUGCCAAUCAACAAGACGGUUUUUGCAGAGGAAACGGCAAACCGUAGAGAGGAGAUGCGAAAAUUUCUGGCGCUACCAAUUGAAGAAAAGGCAACCCACGCUGCCAGAGCGCUGGCCAAGCUGAAGAAUGAGCUGGUGGGAGAACUGGAGGAGGAGGAGAGGGAGGAGGAAGACGAGAAGAAGAAAAGUCUGAAGCAAAUCAGGAGUAAAGCAGCUUUCCCUAAACAAACGCCGAGCGCACACGAGCUGAAAAUUACCACGGCGAAAGGAGAGAAACUCACAAAAGAAAGCAGGCAUGAAUUACUCCUCAUGGAACGGCAACAAGCAGUCUUGGAGUUGUCUCUGAUAACUAAACGCUCCGAGAUCCUGAAGAUGGAGAAGGCCGUUGCAAAAGAGGAAAGAAAGGUGAAACAACUCGAGAAGCUCAUCAAAAGGGACAGCCAGAAGUUUGAAGCGUUCCUCCGGGAGAACGAGAGGAAGUCAGUGGAAGCCAGAGCUCUUUUUGAACGGGAGGAAAAAUCUAAACAGGAGAAGAAUGCCGCCAUGAAGAAGCUGACCGCUGAAAUGAGGACCAUUCAAAGUGAGCUUGAGCAGUAUGAAGAUGCUCUGGCAGACUACCUGAAAUACAAGGACUUCCUGUUCAGACUUUCUCCCCCAGAGUGGCAGGACAAGCAGAAGAGCAAAGACUCAAAGACUAAAACGUCGUCCGAACAGAAUGAUGGCCAGGAACCGACUGAAACCGGUUUGGAGAGGAAGCUUCCCCCUGUCAGGGCGACCAGGUUGUCCUCUGCUCAAAGUGACACCCUAGAGAAAACGUGUCCACUGGAUUAUGACAGCUUAGAGGACGAGCCGGAGCUUUACUUCACCGAUCCCCAGCAGCUACUGGACCUGAUGUCAGAGCUGACGGAGCAGAACCUGUCCCUGAUUCAGAACUCUGCGAGGGUGGGGGAGAUGCUGGCCAAACUCCGGCAGACCGUGGACACAACCAGGAGGAAGAUUGAAAACGAGGAGGAGAAGAUAACCCUGCAGAUUAAAGAGCUGAACCAGAAACUCGACAAAGAGAAGGCGAGAGGCGCGAAGCUCGAACAGAUGGUGCAGCUUCAUGUUUCAUUGAGCUCACGGGACCAAGACGAAAUGUUGGACGCUCUCGACGAAAAGGUGACAGAGGUUUACAGCGGCUGUGUGGAGGACGGGAUCGCCGACCUCAGCACCUUGCAGAAGGUGGCAGAAAUCGAGAGCCGCGUCUUCUCGCUGCUGCAGGGCCUUGAAGGCGUGCCAGCAGAGAGACUGGCGGCGGUCAAGAAGGUCAAGGACAGCGAGAAGAGGAGCAGGAUGCGGGAGGAAAAGCUGAUGGAGCAGAGAGAGAAACAAGAGGAACGGAUGAGGAGGUAUCUGGAGAGAUCCUUGGCCGACUCCAAGAAAAUUAGUGGGAAGAAGCUCAUGCCGAGAUGCAUGCCUGCUGUGAAGAAAGCUGCGGUCGCCGAUGUGGACAGCAAGCCCACCCAGGAUGACGUCAACGAUUACCUCUUUGGCUUGGAUGACACGGAGUGACAGAGGCAACAGGAAGUAAUGCGGAGGAAUUAUUUUUACUGCACCAGAGAAACACUGUCUUUUUGUUUGUUUCUUUUUUAGAAAAUGCUAUCCGUCAGAUUCUUUUAAUGUUUUGUAUCUUGCAAAUCUGUCCUUUACUGUUAGGAUUUUACGUUUGUUGCCAAACUUUAAAGCUGUGCUAGAAACCAAAAGGUUUAGAAAUCAUGCUGAAUAUCAUUAGCACUGUUGCAGCAGGUGUUAUUUGUCGCAACACCUCACUGUAAAUCUGUAAGAAAUGUUUCUUUUCAUUUUAGCAACAAAAACUAAACAGAGCGCCAUGUUGAAAUUUA